UAUGAUUUGGUCACUAACCUCUCGAAUCUCUCCCGUUCCCAUUCCUUCAUCCUCCAAUUUGCUGCUAUCAACCGCCGAACCUGCCACUAAUCGCCUUUGCGCAGUAUUGGCUACAGUAGAUGAGGGGCUUUGUUGAAGAGCAGUCCGUCUUGACUGCUCCCGGCGGCGAAAGUCCGCCAUAUUUCAAUUCUCCAACGACAUUUUUUCGACAGCCUCUAUGUGGUGAUCCAGAAGGCUGGGGUCCGAUCAGCUCGCUCCGAUGGGAUCUUACGCCUUGCUUUCUUGAUGUCUGGGUCCUUGGUGUUGCUGUCUGGGGGGUGUUAUUCGGCGCUGGAGCACUCUGGUUUAUGCUCAAGAAGCGAGUACCUCAAGAUGUCCCCAAGAACUGGCAUUUCUAUACGAAGCUAACUGUGCUCACUGCUAUCAUCCUCUCGACUGCCCUCCAGACCGCCCUACAAAUCCAAGAACUGCCGGGAAUAUGGUACCAGGACAUAAGAUUUUACACGUCGGUCGCUACAAUUAAAUCACUCAUUGUCGUCCUUUAUAUACAGUACCAUGAGCAUUGGCGAUCGAGGAACCCAAAUGGCGUCGUAUUGUUCUACUGGGUCUUUUUCAUUUUGGCGUAUGCCGUGAAACUGCGCUCUCUCAUUGCUCGGGACGCUCAGAAGAAUCAACUUCCUUAUUUUGUCACCUUCGUCAUCAGCCUUGGUUUGGCAGUCGUGGAGUUCGUACUGGAAUACUUUGUGCAGAAAAAGCAAAGUGCAUAUGAUGCACUGGGAGCCGAGGAUGAAUGUCCCUACGAAUACGCCGAUGUUUUCUCAAUCCUCACCUUCGGCUGGAUGACCCCAAUGAUGAAGUUUGGCUACAAGAAUUUUUUGACUCAGGAUGACUUGUGGAAUCUGCGCCCUCGAGACAGUACGAAGGUAACGGGCGAUUUGCUACAGGAAGCAUGGGAAAUUGAACUCAAAAAGAAGAAACCGAACCUAUGGAUAGCCUUGGGCAGGGCUUUUGGAGGGCCAUAUAUACGCGGAGCGUUUAUCAAGACUAUCAGCGAUAUGCUUGCCUUUGUGCAGCCUCAACUGCUUCGGCUUCUCAUUCGUUUCGUGGAUUCUUACCGUGCAGGACGACAACCAGAACCAGCCAUCCGUGGCAUUGCCAUUGCACUGGCCAUGUUCGCAACAUCAGUCUGCCAGACUGCCGCCCUCCAUCAAUACUUCCAGCGCGCUUUUGAGACUGGCAUGAGGAUUAAGUCGUCGUUAACUGCGAUGAUAUACGGCAAAUCGCUUCGUUUGUCAAAUGAGUCCCGCGCGACAAAAUCCACCGGCGACAUCGUUACCUAUAUGAGUGUUGACCAACAACGUCUUGCUGACCUGGCACAAUGGGGCCAACAACUUUGGUCGGCACCAUUUCAGAUCACCCUUUGCAUGCUGUCUCUAUAUCAACUGGUGGGCGUAUCCUGCUUUGCUGGCGUGGCGGCAAUGAUUAUCAUGAUUCCGGUCAAUGGCUUCAUUGCCAGAUUCAUGAAGAAGCUUCAGCUGUCACAGAUGAAAUACAAAGAUCGACGUUCUCGCUUGAUGACCGAAAUUUUGAACAACAUGAAGAGCAUCAAGCUAUACGCAUGGGGUUCGGCUUUCAUGGAAAAGUUAAGCCACGUGCGCAACGAUUUGGAAUUGAACAAUCUUCGUAAGAUUGGAGCCGCUCAAUCUUUCUCAACCUUCACGUGGUCAUCUACGCCUUUCUUCGUCUCGUGCUCAACUUUUGCCGUCUUCGUGCUGGUCAACAACAAGCCGCUCACCACGGACCUUGUAUUCCCGGCUCUGACGCUAUUCAACCUUCUGACUUUCCCGCUCACUGUUUUGCCAAUGGUGAUCACUAGCAUCAUCGAGGCGACUGUGGCAGUGAAGAGAUUGACAGAUUUUUUCACGGCCGACGAACUACAAGAAGAUGCAGUCAGAUACAUUGAUGAACCGCCCAAACGUUCUGGAGAAUCGUCGGUCUCCAUUACAGACGCCAGUUACACUUGGAACAAGAACGAGGACAGGACUGUCUUGCGUAAUAUUAAUUUCAAUGCCAACAAGGGAGAACUUACAUGCUUGGUUGGACGUGUCGGAGCCGGCAAAUCGUCGCUCUUGCAAGCGCUUCUGGGAGAUCUCUGGAAACUUAGUGGCGACACAGUCGUUCGAGGUCGCAUUGCCUAUGCUGCACAAUCUGCGUGGAUUAUGAAUGCAAGCGUCAAGGACAACAUCACCUUUGGUCAUAGGUGGGAUCCUCACUUCUACAACCAAACUGUCCAAGCUUGUGCUCUUGUCGCUGACUUCAGACAACUGCCGGACGGUGAUCAAACGGAAGUCGGGGAGCGAGGAAUCUCAUUAUCUGGAGGUCAAAAGGCUCGUUUGGCGUUAGCACGAGCAGUGUAUGCCAGGGCUGAUGUCUAUCUCCUCGACGACGUUCUCUCAGCCGUCGAUGCUCAUGUUGGACGCCAUUUGAUCAAUAAUGUUCUGGGCCCGAAUGGACUGUUGAAUGGGAAGACCAGGAUUCUAGCCACAAAUUCCAUCCCGGUCCUGAAAGAGGCUGAUUAUAUGUACUUCCUUCGUGAUGGCGUUAUUUCCGAAAAGGGAACAUAUCAACAAUUGAUGGCAAUGCGAGGAGAUGUAGCCAAUAUGAUCCGGACCUCUACGAGCGAUGAUGAUCAAGAAUCCGAAGGCGAACGGAGUCCAAGCAUCGAAGGGAUGGAAUCAGAUGAGUCGGCAACAAUCGUGGCUAAUGGAGUGCAAGACGAGCUCGAUGCCGAAGAAGCCGAGGAAGCACGUCAAGAGAUCGGUGGUUUAGAGCCCAUCCGUGCUGGGGCAUUCACGGCGCGCAAAUCUAGCUUCAACACUCUGCGACGUGCAUCGACCGCUAGUUUUCAUGGACCAAUGGGCCGUCUCACUGAUGAAGAGGCCGGUCUCAAAUCCAAGCAGACCAAGGAAACUUCUGAACAGGGCAAGGUCAAGUGGUCAGUCUAUACGAGUUAUGCCAAGGAGAGUAACCUCAUUGCGGUGUGCUUCUACUUUCUGGCUCUUGUUGCCGCUCAGACAGCACAGGUCGCCGGCAACUUUUGGUUGAAGCGUUGGUCGGAGAUCAAUGAGCGGUUUGGCGCUAAUCCUUCCGUCGGGAAAUACAUUGGUAUUUACUUUGCAUUUGGUAUAGGAGGUUCGGCACUUGUCGUUAUACAGACGCUUCUCCUCUGGAUUUUCUGUUCGAUAGAGGCUUCUAGAAAGCUACAUGACCGCAUGGCCUAUGCUAUAUUCCGUUCUCCGAUGAGCUUCUUUGACACGACUCCUGUCGGGAGGGUUCUCAACCGCUUCAGCAGUGACAUCUAUCGGGUGGACGAAGUCAUUGCUCGGACCUUUAACAUGCUUUUUGUCAACGCCGGCAGGGCGUUAUUUACCCUCGGUGUCAUCGCAGCCUCGACACCGAUCUUCCUGGUCCUUGCCGUUCCUCUGGGUGCCGUAUACAUUAUCUACCAAAGAUACUACCUUCGGACUUCUCGGGAACUCAAAAGACUUGAUAGUGUCAGUCGCAGUCCUAUAUACGCGCAUUUUCAAGAGUCCCUCGGUGGCGUAUCUACUAUUCGUGCCUAUCGACAAUCGAAAAGGUUCAUUCAGGAGAAUGAAUGGCGAAUGGAUGCAAAUCUACGAGCAUACUUCCCUUCAAUCAGCGCCAAUCGAUGGCUGGCAGUUCGCUUGGAGUUUAUCGGUUCCAUCAUCAUCCUGGCUGCUGCUGUUUUCGCUAUAAUCUCUGUGACAACUGGCAGUGGAUUGACGGCAGGCAUGGUCGGCCUUGCGAUGUCAUAUGCCUUACAGAUCACCCAGUCCCUGAACUGGAUUGUGCGCCAAACCGUGGAAGUUGAAACCAACAUCGUUUCUGUAGAGCGCGUGCUCGAGUAUGCCGAACUCCCAAGUGAGGCUCCCGAUGUUAUGUUCAAGAGCCGGCCCAGUAUCGGGUGGCCAGCUCAUGGUCAAAUCACGUUCAAAGAUUACACGACGAGGUAUCGGGAGGGUCUGGAUCCCGUUUUGAAAAACAUAAACCUAAGCAUCCAGGCUCGAGAGAAGGUCGGCGUCGUUGGACGCACAGGAGCUGGAAAAAGUUCUCUAACAUUAGCACUCUUUCGCAUAAUUGAACCUACAUCAGGACAUAUCAGCAUCGACGGACUUAACACGUCCACAAUCGGUCUGUUAGACUUGCGAAGACGCCUGGCGAUUAUACCACAGGAUGCUGCACUAUUCGAGGGAACAAUCCGCGACAAUCUGGACCCGCGGCACGUACAUGAUGAUACCGAACUCUGGAGCGUACUUGAUCAUGCCCGCUUAAAGGACUAUGUUUCAGAUCUACCUGGUCAACUGGACGCCACUAUCCACGAAGGUGGUAAGUGAACACAUGAAUUGUUGCCCGUGCUUCAGCUUGCUCUGGCCUGCCACUGACGUUAUCACUCUUGCAAAUCUAGGUUCCAAUUUGAGCCAUGGACAACGCCAACUCGUCUCUUUGGCUCGUGCCUUGCUCACCCCCAGCAACAUUUUGGUUCUCGACGAGGCAACAGCUGGAGUCGAUGUCACGACUGACGCGCUCUUACAAAAGACUCUUCGUAGCACUAUCUUCGACAACCGCACCGUCAUUACAAUCGCACAUCGAAUAAAUACCAUUAUUGACUCCGACAAAGUCGUGGUCUUGGAACAGGGUCGAGUUGUCGAAUUUGACACUCCGAAAGAGCUGAUUAAGAAGCGGGGGCUUUUCUACGAUCUCGUCCGCGAAGCUGGGUUACUUGAUAGCUUUGAGAGUUGAUUGGAAAGAAGAAAAGAUUCGAUGAGCAAAUUUCGAGCGUAAUGACUACUUCAACGACCUUUGUGGGCUCACAAGACCCCUGGCAAUAACAAACGCUGAGUCGACGUCAUUGAGAUAUGGACUACCUCCUUGCGUCUUCUACGACGCAUUUUGGCCGCUGCAGAAAUCGAUAUUGCCUCUAUCGUGUAGUACGAUCUAAUCAGCGCAAAGAAACAUCAGCAACAUUAUACUGAUGUCCCAAGAAAGAUUUUGUUGGAGUUGGGUACCGGAAUCAAAAGCAGCGUUUCCAAUUGUUAAAACGAAAGUUCACGUUAAGUGACAAAAUAGGUACUUAAAUUUGUUUCCACUGAAUGAUAUGCCUAGGUCAAUAAUCCUAUCUUCUUCGUUGGUUUAGAGUUUGAACGCGGUAUCAAAGCAGGGCAUACAAUCAUCACGACGAAGAAGAGAGGGUAUGGAAUGAUACGAACGGAUACAUUGAUGUGUUACCAUUGGGUGAUAUCCCUCAAGGUAGUUGACACUUGAGUCUUCUCCGUGGGCCUCCAAUUUGACCGCAGUACCGAAGUUGAAAUUAGGGGUCUGUUAGUAUUAUGAUACAUUCGAGACGUUCUGGGCCACUGCAACAGAUGUCAAACCAAUUCCAACCGGUACAUCGGAUCCUCGAGGGGACGAGCUUGUAUCAUGAGCUCAGCGACAUGAUCCAACGAGAUGAGAGAAGAAGAAAGGAUCACGGAUUGCUACGG